AUGUGUGUUAAUGGAAGAUUCCUCUACAACCUUCGUUUUGCGGACGACAUCGCUCACAUUUCGAGAAGUACCAAUGAAGCAGAAAUGAUGUUAAACGGAUUUAACCGAGCAGGGAAGCGAAUAAACAGAAAGAAGACACAGUUCAUGAAGAACGCCUACUGCGAGGACGGAGGAGUACAACUUGAAGGCUCCGAAAUCGUGGAAACUUCGUCAUACGUAUGUGUCGGACAUUCUAAUAAUAUGGAAGACGAUUUGAAGGAAGAAAUAAAUAGAAGGAUGAGAGCAGUGUGGGCAACAUUCAUGAAGGAAGCUACCCACCAACUGAGGGAACAAGAUCUCCGUGCUUAUCUGUUUGACUCAACAGUUCUCCCAACGUGA